GUUCUCUUUCUUAAGUCACUUCAAAUGCUAUCCGUGGACGGGCGGCUCAUUGUCAGGAGAGUUGCAGCGCGAGCAGGAGGGAGAGAUCGCAGGUACAGGUACAACAGCAGCAGCUGCGAGCAGCACUUCAGCCACAGCAUCACAGAAAACACACUCUGCUACACUCAGCUGAAAGAAGAUGGAAGCAGACAGAGUGAAUUUCUCACCAGCAAGAAGUCCUCCUCACAGAGACGAGCUGAGGCAAGCCUCUCGGCACACUUUUUACCUGAGCCCUCCUCCUUUUCAUAUUAAGCCCCCAAAAUUCUCCCCUCCCACAUAUCCCAGCAUGUCACCCACCAGAGAUACCUACAGUACAUUCAGCCCACCUGCUUUCUUUCCCAUGUUUGGCCCCAGUUAUACACAAAAAGAAGGAUCCCAAAAACGAAAAAGAACUCCUUUCAAAAUGGACGCCCAAGAAGAUGAAUCUCCUGACAGAGGAGCAGAGGAGGCAGAAGGAAGCAGCAGUAAGAAGACCGUGGAUCUGUCCCACAUCCCCUUCUCCCUCCCACCUCACCCCAUGUCCUCCUCAUCUCCCAAGCCCAUCCCUGGUAUGAUUGAACUAAACAGACUGCAGCUUAAUCACAGAUCACCAGGUAUGAAUCUACCAGUACAGGUGAAGCAGGAGCCUCUCAAUCCAUCUCCUGUGUGGCCUCCCUCUCCUCUCCUCCUCCACCCUCCCUACUUCCCUUCUCUCCACCACAGCCUACUCCCAUAUCCCCUAUUCAUGCCCCGCCCUGUCAUGCACCUCUCCCCUGGUUCUUUCUACCCAAGAGAGGACCUUCGCCCCAGGCAUCGCAGCCGUGACGGGCCUCCUCGAGGUGGGACUACCGGUGCUGAAAAACUUGGUCUCAACAUCCACGUGGAUGACAGUUAUUAUGUCGACGUGGGCGGAGAUCAGAAGAGAUGGAAAUGUCGUAUGUGUGAGAAGUCUUACACCUCAAAGUACAACCUGGUCACGCACAUCCUGGGCCACAACGGCAUCAAGCCACACGGAUGCCACCUGUGUGGGAAGCUGUUCAAGCAGCUGAGCCAUCUACACACACACCUGCUCACACACCAGGGCAUGAGGCCCCAUAAGUGCCAGGUGUGCCACAAGGCCUUCACUCAGACCAGCCACCUGAAGAGGCACAUGAUGCAGCACAGUGAUGUGAAGCCCUACAGCUGCAGUGUGUGUAGCAGAGGUUUUGCUUACCCCAGUGAGCUGCGUGCCCAUGAGUUGAAGCACGAAAAAGGCCAGGAGAACGUAUGUGUGGAGUGUGGUCUGGACUUCCCCACGCUGGCCCAGCUGAAGAGGCACUUGACCGCCCAUCGCGGCCCCACUCUGUACAGGUGUUCAGAGUGCCAGAAGACUUUCCAGUACCCAAGCCAGCUUCAGAACCACAUGAUGAAACACAAAGACAUCAGACCGUACAUCUGCAGCGAGUGUGGCAUGGAGUUCAUCCAGUCACACCACCUAAAACAGCACACACUCACUCACAAAGGGGUGAAGGAGCACAAAUGUCGCAUCUGUGGUCGUGAGUUCACCCUGUUGGCCAACAUGAAGCGCCAUGUCCUCAUCCACACCAACAUACGGGCCUACCAGUGCCACAUGUGCUUCAAGAGUUUCGUCCAAAAACAGACUCUGAAGGCUCACAUGAUCGUCCACUCGGACAUCAAGCCCUAUAAAUGCAAGCUUUGCGGGAAGGAAUUUAACAGGAUGCACAACCUAAUGGGCCACAUGCAUCUCCACUCAGACAGCAAACCCUUCAAAUGCCUUUACUGCCCAAGCAAGUUCACGCUGAAGGGAAACCUCACCAGACACAUGAAGGUCAAACACGGCGUCAUGGACAGAGGGCUGGAUGAAAGAUUGUUUAGGCAAAGAGGACGAUUCUGCCUGUCCACUCCCAUGGGCCUCAUCACCCACUUCAGCCAAGAAGAGCCGUUUGACCUUUCCCAGAAGCCCCCUGGCCUGCCCAGCCUCCGUCUCUCGCAGUCAGAUGGUGAGAGCGUCCCUGGGAGCUCAUGCCAGGAGGAGGAUGAGGAGAGUUUAUACAGAAGGAGUCAGUACAGCCCAGAGGUGGACCAACACGAGCUGGAGGAGAGAGGAAGGGAGUCCCCUGCUGAACGAAGGCCAGAGGAGAAACAGAAACAAAUGUAUCAGCACAGUCUAGAUGAACAGACUUAUGAGAGGGAGUCAGCAGCAGAGGGACACUCUGCAGAUCCCAGAGGUGACAAGGUACACCUCUUACAGUCAGAGACAUCCGAGAUGGCCUAUGAAUCUGACCUAGAGCUAGGUGACCAGCUGUACCACCAUGAGACAGGACGUAGACAGUCGUAUGAUUAUGACUCUGAAUCAGAACUUGAAGAUCAUGAAGAGCGAGAUGAGCCAGAGCAGAACAAGCAGCAGGUGGAUGACUGUUGUGACGCAGGAGAGAGAAACCAGAGCAGAUUGGAGGCAGGUGAAUUCAUGGGUCCACGGGAUGAAGAAGAGGACAAAGAAUGAGAAAAAUAGUCAAAGACUGAGAAUGAAAUGCAGGCUUUAGGAAAGGCAAAUGUUUCUGAUGAUUAUCAAAAUGGAGAGGAUGUUCAGGAGACACUCCCCAAGGAGAGAGGAAAGUGUGUAGGUAUUUAAAUAAAACUGAUUACGGAGGAUGUGGUGUAGUAGUAGCUUACCAUGAGAAAAGAAAGAUGAGCAUAUCAUGUUUAUUAACUGAGCAACUGAAGUACAAAGCUGUGAAGCAUACUGCAUGUACAAAGCAUAUCAUACACUGACUAAUCCGUCACUGACAGAAGGAUAAUGUGUAUUUAUGAGUGGAAAAGUAUGAUUAGGGAAUAGAUUUUUUGUGAAUGAAAUGUAAAACUAUAUUAAGUCUUUUUUUUUUUUUUAGGAAAUCAUUCUGCAAUACUGACUCAAAUAUGCAAUGUUUCUUUAACUUUUGUUCUCUGUUUCUGUAAAUCUAUGAUAUUUAAAUCAGUGCAUUAUUACUCAGACUAUAAUGCAUGAUUUGGGGUUAUUUUGUUUUGCUUAUUUUGCUGUUAUUUGGUUUGUUUGUAAUAAUGUAGUUUUGACAGAUACAGAUAUGACAAAGCUUGAGUUUCUCGAAUUCUUUGAGUGUGUUUUCAAAUGAACUGUGAUUUUGUUUUUUUGUUUAUUUUUUUGUCUAAUGUCUAAUGUUAAAUUCAGUAUUUGCCUUUGUUAGAUCAGUUUUUUGGGGGAAUGGCUGUGUUUUUCUGGAAUGACAGUGUAAACCACAAAUGAUUCUGCUUUAUAAAUACAAAAAUAAAAGCUUGAACGCAUAAAUCUGA